UAUGCCCCCCCCCCCUUCGCUGCUUUUUCUCUCUCGUCUCUUACUCAUCCUUGUAUAUUCCCUUCUCUCUCCUUUUAAUCUCUGGAAAAAAAAAAAACAAAGAUUAAAACCCAAGUGUUACACUUUUAGUUGUUUUGUUAUUAUAUAAACAAUGAACCUUUAGAACACUUAUUUCAAUUUCCCGUCUUCAACCUUAUGUUUCCCUCUCAAGUUCAAACUCUGAACAUGUCUACUACUUCUUCUUCUUCUAUUUGGUUACUUUCUUGUAGGAAGCUUAAGUUCUUUACUAGAAUCAGAAGGUUCUUGCAUUCCAAAGCAGCCAGGAAGCAGUACGGGUCAUCAGCAUCUGAUCAUUCGAACAAGUUGAGAAUAGUAAACAAUACUGACGAAGAGGAAGAUCUGGUUGUAGAGAAAACUGAAAGUGAGCUCGAUGGUUCCAUGGCGUUGCAAAAAUCUGUGAAGAGACUUCACUUUGGGAGCUGGGAAGAGAAAGAGAUGGCUGCUAAGGCCAUCGAGAAACUCGCUAAAGAAGACGUUAAGGUUAGGAAGUUGAUGGCAGAGCUCGGAGUCAUACAUAUGCUUGUGUCUAUGGUGGAUACUGAGGUGGUUGGCCGCCGUCUAGCUGCCAUCAAGGCCUUGAUCGAACUUGCUGAUGGAACUUUUACAAACAAGGAACUAAUGCUAGAGGCUGGAAUACUAUCGAAGUUACCUAAGCACAUUGAUGCUGUAGACGACCAAACGAGGCAUGAAUUUGCAGAACUGUUAUUAUCAUUAUCAUCUAUAUCAAAUACUCCUUUCUCUCUAGCCAACACUGAGGUCCUCCAGUUUCUUAUUGCCAUUCUUGAGUCGGCCACCAGCAUUGAAACAAAGGAGACCUGUUUAGGUGUUGCUUGUAACCUGUCUGCUGUGCUAGAAAAUGCUAGACCUUUGGUAUCUAACGGAACCGUGCACACUCUUUUGAAGCUAUCUUCAUUUAAAGAACUUUCAGAGAAAGCCCUUGCAGCACUAGGUCACUUGGUGCUGACCUUGAUGGGAAAAAAGGCUAUGGAAGAUAGUUCAAUGGUACCAGAGAGCUUGAUUGAGAUUCUAACAUGGGAGAACAAACCCAAAUGUCAAGAACUAUCAGCCUACAUUCUAAUGAUUUUAGCUCAUCAAAGCUCCACUCAAAGGGAUAAAAUGUCAAAGGCAGGGAUCGUCCCUGUGCUUCUUGAAGUGUCAUUAUUAGGAAGCCCUUUGGCUCAAAAGAGAGCCAUGAAAUUGUUACAAUGGUUCAAAGAUGAAAGGCAAGCAAAGAUGGGGCCUCAUUCAGGACCACAAACAGCAAGGAUUGCAAUUGGCUCACCUCUGCAUCCAAGGGAGGCUCAAGAAGGAAAGAAAAUGAUGAAGAAUUUGGUGAAGCAAAGUCUUCAUAAGAAUAUGGAAAUGAUCACCCGACGAGCCAAUGCUGCCGGCGAUUCUUCGAAUCUCAAGUCUUUGGUCCUCAGCACAAGUUCUAAAAGCUUGCCUUACUAAAAAACCGUUUUAUGUAAUUCUUUUGCAAGGGCCUGUAAUUAUUGCAAAUGAUGGGAAAGAAGGAUUUCCCAAAGUUAGAUGGAAGAAAUCAGCAACUUUGCGAGAGAAUGCAAUGCUUCUGCAGUAAUUAGCGUAUACAACAACUGUAUAUGAUCAUCAAUUCAUGACCAACAAAAGUAACGAAAAAAAUUCAAGAAAUUGGGGAAAUACUGAAACUUUACCCUUGAUGGCAUGUAAUUGAACACCUCAAGUUUUUUA